GGGCUUGGCCAGUCUAUGCUUGAGGAUACGAUUGAGAAAAUCAGGAAAGAAAAGUUCUCGAUGAACAUGGACGAGUCCACUAGCGAAAACCUGAAGAAAGUGAUGGAAGUUCUUGUUAGCUUUUAUGAUAAUACUGCUGAAUCAGUUGUCGUUGAACACCUUGCCAGUCUUGAUAUUUCCCAUUCGGGUGCAGCACCCUUGUUUGGGGAUGUGUGUGACCUAUUUCAACGACAUGAACUGCCUUGGAACAAUCUUGUGUCUGUCCUACUGGACAGUUGUAAUGUGAUGCGGGGGUCAAAAAGUGGACUGGAAACUAGGCUUAGGCAAGGAAGAGCACCACAUUUGUUAGAUAUUGACGGGGACUCGUGUCACCAUGUAAAUAAUUGUGCAAAGGUAUUCUGCAAACCGUUUGAAGGUUAUGUAGAGAAGUUGCAUUCAGAUAUUCAUACAGAUUUUAAAUGGUCUCAGGACCUGGUAGAUAUACUGAAAGAGAUCUGUUUGGUAUUGGGGAUAAAGUUCACCAUGCCCGAAAGAUUUGUAAACCAUCGCUGGCUGUCAUGUUAUGAUGUCAGCCUUGGCAACAUUCGGUUGUUUGAUUGUUACAGGUUGAUGUACUAUGGUUUCUUGUCUAAAGCUGACAUGGUUACAUACAGCAAUGUGUUAGAUGAGAUAUUUACCAAGUAUGAGGUGAGUGAUACUGCAAGAAAGCAGAUUAGGAAACUUCAUGGGGUGUUAGGAGCGAAGAACAUGACCAAGGAAGGUACUGACCGUAAGAAGAGAAUUGUAGAGAAAGUUAUUUUCAAGGAGAGGCUAACUCUGCUUAUUCUCAAUUUCUACAUUUCAGCUCUAGCAAUGUUGAAGGAAUAUGUAUGUCUCUUUCAGCUCAAAGAACCAAUGCUCCAUAAAAUUCAUGAUCAGCAAGAGGCACUAGUAAGGAAAUUCCUGUCCUGUUUUUGCAAACCUGAGACGGUGUCCAGUUUAUCCUUAAAGGAUAUUUUGAAGCUUGACUUUUCAAGGACUGACCUCUAUCUUCCUAGGAAGGAGAUGUACAUAGGACAUGCCCAAUCCAUAGUUGACAAGUUUCAAAGGAUUAGGAAGAAUGAUAAGGAUGUUGUGUCCUUCUUCCAAGCAGUUGAGACUGCAUACAGUACGUGUGCCACUUACAUGGUUAAGAAACUUCCAAUCAACAGUGUCACUUUGAAAACACUAUCAGCUGUAGAUCCACUCGCCCGGGGCCAUUCUAAUACCCUCCGCUUCAUGAAGAAACUGCCAGCUCUGUUCCCUACUGUGGACAUUGAUGAAAACAUUUUCACGCUUGAGUUGCACCAGUAUCAAGUUGAUUUGUCGCUACCAAAUGCAGUUGAUCCUGCUGGCACCGCAGUGCGUUUGGACAAGUGGUGGAGUCAGGUAUUCAAAUCCGAAAACUACCCUGAGCUCACAAAGGUUAUGAAAGCUGUGCUUAGUAUCUUCCAUGGGCCGGCUGUGGAGAGUGCCUUCAACGUCAUGGGUGAUAUCAUUGACGAGCGAAAGUGCAGAACGAACAUAGCCACAUAUGAAUCAAUCCAGACAGUAAAAUACAAACUCAGAUCUAGUGGUAAAAGUGCUAUUCAGUAUUUUCACAGGCCUGACAAAUUGCACUCUCCUGUCAAUGGCCGCAUUUGCAAGGGAGUCCGACAUGCCUAUGGGCGUUACAAGGCUGAACUGGAUGGGCAAGCCAAAAUGAGGAAGGCUAUGCAAAAGAAGCUUGAUGUCCAAAAGAAAAAAGUCCUCAGCAAGACAAAGGCCAAAAUCUUGAUGACAACUGCAGAAAAGGAAUGCUUUCGCGGGCAUGAAGCAAAGUUAAAGAGGCUUGAAAGACUUCAGAAACUGUCCCAGAAGAUGACCAAUGCGAAGAAAAAGUAA